AUGUCAGCCGGAAAAAGACAGCCUGGGCCGCUUCGUCGGAUCAUAACAACCCAUGAUUCUACAAGCGGCCGAGCUAUCUUUAGCAACGUGGUCAGGGAGCAGGUAUCAUUUACUGGGUUCCCAGUUCCCCCCGGCAAGCCCACAGCGUCAGACUAUGCUCUGGCCUACAGUACAAAUACGUUUCCGGUGCAAGGACUUUCCCCUCCAACUUCUGCAACCCCGGAGCCCAAGGCCAAUCUCGACAUUAAGCACUAUCACUCCCAGCUCUCGGAUCCAUCGCCUUUGAAUCCACCAAACGGCACCUCCUGCACAAUUAUUGAGAUACCUCCGGGCUCAGUGGUUCCGAUGCACCGAACAGCGACCCUCGAUUAUGGUGUCGUAAUUGAUGGAACUACCGAAUUAGUCCUUGAUUCCGGCGAGAAAAAAAUACUGAAAAAAGGGGAUGUAUUCGUUCAACGAGGUACGGCUCAUUCUUGGCGGAACAUGACUGAAAAGAAAGACAAUUCUGGUGUUUUACGUGUCUUCUUCGCUUUUCAACCUAUCGAACAGGUGCAACUGGAGGGCGGAAAGGUCGUCGGUCAGGACUUGAAUCUAUCUCUGCAUGAGGCUUAG